UCAGCCUUUAAAUACAGUCAUUUGACACAUCCCAACAGGGGCUCGUAGCAAGCAGCUGCUGACCCAAACUCAGGCUUUUAAGGCGAGCUGGUGUGUCGGCGUCACACUGCUUUGGACAGCAUGAAGGCUCUCUUAUUCACCUGCGUGCUGGUGCCGUGGCUUGUGGCAGCCUCGGCCAGGAGAUCUGACCAGGACUCACAGCUGAUACCGGGAUCUCUAUCUGGCAGGGAGCUGAACGGAUACUUCAGUGACAAUUUGAAAUCAAGGAGGGCUAGGAGAGCGCUGCCUCUUGCUGAUGAAGCUGAUGACAGCCCAAUCGUAGAAGGAGAUGGCACUGACCUGCCCACCUGCCUGCUGUGUGUGUGUCUGACUGGUUCAGUGUACUGUGAGGAGGUCAGUCCAGACAUGACCAUGGUCCCCGCCCUGCCAAAAGAGACGGCCUACCUGUAUGGCCGCUUCAACAAGAUCAAAAAGAUACGCACCAAAGACUUUGCUGACAUUGUGACUCUGAAGAGGAUUGACCUGACAGGAAAUCUGAUCUCAGAGAUUGAAGACGGGGCGUUCUCUAAGCUGCCCCUGCUGGAGGAACUGUCUCUGGCUGAGAACAGACUGGUUAAACUUCCGAUGCUCCCUGCCAAACUCAGUGUCUUCAAUGCCAACAACAACAACCUCAAAACCAAGGGUGUUAAAGUAAACGCUUUCAAGAAAAUGACCAAGUUGGUCAACCUUUUCCUGGCUGACAACCAGCUGGAAGCUGUUCCAUACAUCCCUGAGAGCGUUCGGAUCUUACAUCUACAGAACAACAACAUUACUGAGGUCAACAUAAACACCUUCUGCAGGUCCAAUGAUACCUACUACCUACGACCAAUCCUCAGUGAGGUCCGUAUGGACGGCAACCCCGUGAUGUUGUCCAAGUACCCAGACAGCUUCACCUGUAUGAAGGUACUGCCUAUCGGACGGUACCGUUGAGGAGACAGAAACUUUACUGUAGCCCCUUUGUUGCUGAUGGAGCAGUUUUCCCACAACAGAGUGCCGGGGGGGUAUAGCGUGACGUUCUGGAUUUUUGGGGCACUGGUCCCAUGGUAGGGGUAAAGUUGUCAAUGUUUUUACUUCAGCAAACCUACAAACAGCUUGUGACAUUGUCAGGUCUAAAUGAAACCACUCACUGGACUAUAAGGUGUAGAAUUGAAGGAAUUUCUCUACUCUGGUCUUCUUCAGUUCUACUGACUGGAGGGGACUACCAGGCAUUUAGGAAGUUGCACAUAAAAUUUAAGCGUUACAGUCACGUUAUUGAGUGCACUUGCAAAAAAGGCCUCAAUAUGCUUCAAACCGACCAAUUUGUCUGACCACGUCUAAAGUCAUGAAUAACCUGCCGUCACAGCCUCUUUGUGGUUUCAACACACUGCUUUUCUAAACUUUCCACAACAAGUCUGUCUUUUGAAUCAUGUUGUAUACGUGAUGCAUUGAAUCACACAAAUGGGUAUAACAGCACACUUUCAGACAGAUGGUCUCUCCUCAGAGACCUUUUAUGGUGCUUGUUACGUUUCCUUUUAUAAGCACUAUAUCCAAAUAAGCAUACACUAAGAUGUUUACAAGUAACGUCAUGGAAGAAGAGGUUAAUAAAGAUUUCAAACCCUGCCUACUUUCACACAUCCACACACCCGGCCAAUCACUGCAAAAAGCUAAAGUUUGUUUGUCUUUUUCAAACAAUGGAAAUUGUACAACACAGCCUUCGAUACCGCCUUAGGAAAGUGGGAUUCAAACGCUCAUAAUCUUGACAAACACACGUUUGAAGCAUACUGAAGCAAAUAGACAGUAAGUGACAAAUAGUCUGGAAGAUUUAGGCCACCUGUUCACAAGAGACUACAGGUGACGUAUUGCCAGUAGAACUGAUGUGAACCCAUGAAUGAGUGGAGAAGCAUCAACAACCUCUGCAACCACAGUCCAAUUUAUUGUUUCAUUUUGACCUGACGCUGUACUACCUAGAUGAAUGAAACUACACAAACUGCAUUGAACCAACACACGGCCACAAGUCGACAGGCUUGCUUGUAAAUUCCUGUAUGUGUUAGUUUAAAAAGAAGCCGAUGUUUUUACAGGCUUUGUGGAAUUAAUUUUCAAAAAAAA